AUGUCAACAAGAGCUGAAUGUAGGAAACCUUUAGAAAUGAAAUUUAAGGAAACUCGACAAGGUGAACGGCCAUUUAAAUGUCCAAAAUGUGGGAAAUCAUUUAUUACAAAAAGAAAUCUUGUUGAACAUCAGAGAAUUCACAUAGGAGAGAAACCGUAUUCAUGCUCAGAAUGUGAAAAGAGUUUUAGUCUUAAAAUAAAUCUUGCACGUCAUCAGAAAAUUCACACAGGAGAGAAGCCGUUUUCAUGUACAGAAUGUGAGAAGUGUUUUAGUCAGAAAUCACAUCUUGAUGCACAUCUGAGAAUUCACACAGGAGAGAAGCCAUUUUUAUGCUCAGAAUGUGAUAGUUGUUUUAGUCGGAAAUCACAUCUUGAUGCACAUCUGAGAAUUCACACAGGAGAGAAGCCAUUUUCAUGUACUGAAUGUAUGAAAUGUUUUAUUCAGAAGUCACAUCUUGUUGUACAUCAUAAAACUCACACAGAAGAGAAGCCAUUUAUAUGUACAGAUUGUGGGAAAGGAUUUACUCAAACAUCAAGUCUUUUAAAACAUUUAACAAUUCACACGAGGAAGUAA